UAAACCCAAACUCCGGCAAACUCCGGCAUGGCGAACAACCCACCGGAGGUAUAUGCUGCCGAUGAUUUUCUCCAGCAAAUUCUGGCGAUUCCCUCUUAUGCUAGCCUGCCGGUAACUGAUAUAAGCGCCGGUACCUCAUCGGAGAAUUCAGCAUCUGGUAUCUCUCAGCUCCAGCAUCAGCGGCUGUUCCCGUUGGGGUUAAGCUUGGACAAUGGCUUUGCUGAUGCCAACAACACUGGAGGUUUUCAAGUGAAGACUGAAAGAGAAGCAAUGGACAUGGGGAAUUUAUACCCAGGUCUAGAACAUUUGCAAUCUCAUGCUGUUUGCCUCAGUGUUCCUCAAGUUCACCAAGUCCAGCCUUUUCAAGGCCACCCAACAUCAAGCACAACAGUAACAAUACCACACCAACCUGCAAUUCGUCCUAUGGUUCGGGCACGAAGAGGACAGGCCACUGAUCCACAUAGUAUUGCUGAGCGGUUAAGGAGAGAAAGGAUAUCAGAACGAAUAAAGGCUUUGCAGGAACUUGUCCCCAGCUGCAAUAAGACCGACAGGGCAGCAAUGCUUGAUGAGAUUCUGGACUAUGUGAAGUUCUUAAGGCUUCAAGUUAAGGUACUGAGCAUGAGUAGGCUGGGAGGAGCUAGCGCGGUGGCACAACUUGUUGCUGAUAUUCCAUUGCAGUCUGUUGAGGGAGACAGCUGUGAAAGUCGAUCCAACCAGCACGUCUGGGAGAAAUGGUCCGAUUCUGAAACAGAACAAGAGGUAGCAAAGCUCAUGGAGGAAGAUGUUGGAACAGCCAUGCAGUACCUUCAAUCGAAAUCACUCUGCAUCAUGCCUGUUUCACUUGCUGCACUUAUCUAUCCUACUCAGCAAACCGACAACCAAUCAAUGGUCAAGCCAGAACCAACGGCCCCAUCGUAGACUUCUAAGUUAUUGCAGGUGCAAUCAAGAACUCCUAAUUUCUUUUUGGCCCAUCCGUCUAUAUAUCCUUACCUAUUUUCUCUUGUAUCACCCUCUGAAAUCCUUCGGCAAUGCAAUCAAACACAAUUUUUGCUUUUAGCUCAACCAUUGGCCCCUUUAUCAACUUUCUUGAGUUUAGUCACACCUUGAACAAAGGCAACACUUAAGAGAGCAACCAAUCCAUUUGUAUCAUUGUAGGGAGGAGUGUAUUUUUUUUUUUUUCAAACUCUCUGUUAUUAGUUGCUUGUUCCCCCUUUUUUCUUGUGGGUUGGUUGUGACUCCUUGUAUCUUUUUUAUAGUGGAUAGCUAGUAAUGUAUUAUAAAAGAAAAUUGUCCCAGAUUGCAUUUGGUGGACUGUGUGGGGAGAAAGAAACCAAGUUUGUUUGAAGACAAAGUCAUUAGUAUACAGAAACUAAAGAUGAAAUGUUUAGGGCUUUUCUUUUUUUGGUGUAAACAUAGCUUAAUGGAGGAUUUAGAAUAUGAUGUACUAGAUUCCUUAUGAGAAGAUUAAGGAUUAGGAGCUUCUUCUUCUUUUUUCUUUUUAUUUUUUUGCUCAUCUGGAUGUAAAUAUGGGGGACUUACACACCCUUCGUGUAGUUUGUUAUUAAUACACAAAAAUGUUACCUGUUCAAAAAAAA